AUGUUCCCCGGAAAUGGGUUGCAGCUUGCAGCUAGCGGGAAUGUUCCGGACUCACCUCUCAGCACCCCUUCCAACCGAUCCCAAAUAUCGUUCCCUCGCGGCUCUGCUGCAGUCGCAGCCAGCGGGGAUGCUCCCGGCUCACCUCUCAGCACCCCUUCCAAAUCUCGCUCCUUCGCGUCUCUGGCGGCGGCAAUGGGCGGUAAGAAGGCAGGCGGCGCGGGGAUUUGCGGAGGAGCUCGGUGGCAUGCGACAUGUUCGGCGGCGGUGGUGCUUCUAACGAUGAUGCUUUCUCCCUCAUCCCCCUCCCUCAUCCAACUCCUAGCCUUCUCCUCCCUCAUCCCUCUCCUUCAUCCCCCUCCCCUAUCCCUCUGCUCCCUCCCUCUCUUUCUUUCCUCUCCCCUGUCCCUCUCCCCUAUCUCAUUCCCUCAUCUUUUCCACCUAUCCCUAUGCUUUCGCCUUGUCUUUCCGUUUUCCCUCUCCCCCAUCCCUCUCCCCCAUCCUUAG